AUGCGCGCCUGGCUGCUCCCCCUAGCGGCAGCCAUCGUCGCGCCGCCGGACUACGACCCCGACCUGUUGUCGUGCCGCGAGCGCUGCGAGAUGCUCACGGACUGCGACGUGCGGACCUGGGAGGAGACGGUCGCGAUCCGCGAGUGCCAGAAGGCGUGCCCCUACGACCCCGAGGAGAAUAUUAUACCGUUCACGCGCGAGGACUGCCACACGAUAUCUAAAAGAAGGGGCCGGGACGUCGAGCGGGGCUCGGGCGAGGACGGGUGUUUGGGGGGUUGUCCGGAGAUGCCCUUCGGUCAUGUUUAUACGAACGACCUGAGGGCCAUGCACGCGUCGGGCGAGCUCAAUAACGUGGGCACGCACGCCUACUACCACGAGCGCGACCGCAACCACGAAACGUGUUUUCGGGGCAUGGAUUGUUUUGAAGAGCCGGACUGGGGUUCCAUCGUGGAUGCAGAGUUGCAGGAAACAAAAGUCAAGAUCGGCCAGGGCGAAGACUACCGGCCGGUGCUCGAGCCUGAGAUGCUGCAGCCCGUCGUGGACGGGCUGGAUCUCUUGGAAGAGGUCGAGGCGGAGACGGAGCGGGAUUCUAUUUUGAAGCGCGAAGAUGAGAUCCGGGAGAUGCAUGCUGCUGCGUUGAGAGCCCAGGAGGAGCGCGAGUACUGGAAUGAAUUGGCCAAGGCGGACGCCGAGGCGACGAAGCAGGAGCGGGAGCGCGUUAUGGCGAUCGAGAAGCGCGUCGAGGCGGAGGCGGCGGCGGCGGCGCAGCGGCGCGUUAGGGAGGAGGCGUUGCUGGACGCGGUUUUGGGCUGGCAGGACGCGGCGGGCGAGCGCGAGGCGCGGUUAUUAGCACGGAGCGCCGAGCGCGCCGCGGAGGAGGCGGCAAAAGUCAUCGACGGCAUGGACGACGUCGUCGAGGCGACGCAGGCCAAGAACGACGCCAUCGCUCUCGGCGAGAGCAUCGACGAAGCCUUGGACGAGCUCGUCGCGCCGUCGGUGGCGGACGCCGUCGACGACGCGAUGGCGGCCUUCGAGGACCCCCUCGAGGACGCCAUCGCCGCGCCGCUGGACCCCACGUUGCGGUACGCGGACGACCAUCACGACGACGAGGACCCGUACGUACCGGACCUCGGCGACUGGGAGGAGGACGCCGUCGACGGGCGCGCGGCGCCCGCGAACCCGCGGCCGCCUCCGCCUCGACGGACGAAGGGCGAGCCCAAGCCGCCGCCGCGGCGCGGGCGGCGCGACGACGCGACAAUUCGGAAGCUCGAGGAACGCCUCGGCAAGCCCCGGCGCCCGCGACGGCUCGACGGGGCACCGUCGGAGAACGCCACGGACACGAACGCCACGGACGCGAUACUGGAGCAGAAGCUGUCUGGGAUCGUCGACGAGGUGCUGGCGCCGAUCGACCCCGGUCUGCCCGAGCCGGAGCUGACGUUACCUGUCGGCGGCGAGCCGGUCGUCGAUAAUAUUUUGUGA